AUGGCCGACGAUGACGGGUCCGAUGCGUCCACGCAAUCGCCCGAGCUCAGGGGCAACCCUAGCGAGGGUGACUGGGUAGUUCAGAAAUUCGGCGGGACUUCCAUCGGCAAAUUUGUCGAGGUUAUCGCUCAGACUAUCGUACCGCGGUAUCUCGACGAGGGCCAUCGAGUAGCGCUCGUCUGCUCUGCCCGCUCGGGACAGUCGAAGAGCACAGGCACGACGAAUUUACUCAUCCAGGCUGCACAAGAAGCCUUGCGACCGACGUCUGUCCUCCCUGACGAGCUCGCCAAUGGGAGGCAGCCUUCGCCGGCCAUGACGCCCUCGAUUGCAAGCGCUUCCCGGCCAAACCCGCUCUCGUUGUCGACGCAGCGCCUACAGCGAAGCGGUUCCUCUGCUGUCCUCAACAGCUCAGGCUACAACUCGCCCGGUCCAAGGGGCUCAGGCUCGCUCUCAAACUCACUAGCCAGUCUGAAGACAUGCGACCAAGCUUCUGCCUUCGAUGGCACCGUCGACAAGAUCAAAUCUGACCAUCUUUCGGCUGCGCGGUCGUGCAUCAGUGACCCGUGGAUACUGCGACAGCUCGAGGAAGAGCUCUCGGGAGACUGCGAAGCACUCAGGAGCUUCUUGCUGGCUGCACAGAUCAUAGACGAGAUCUCGCUGAGGUCCAAAGAUAUCAUCGUGGGCUAUGGCGAGCGGCUGUCUUGUCGCAUCGUAGCCGCCAUGCUAGAGGACAAGGGCUUUGCGUCCGAAUUUGUCAGCCUAGAAUCAGUCUUGCCGAAGCCGAGCGAAGCGCAAAGCUUAGGUCAAGCAGAACAACAGCUAUCGCAAGCGUUUUAUGACGACCUAGCUGGUAGACUGGGUCAACGACUCAGACAAUGCGAGGGCAGGAUACCUGUCGUUACAGGCUUCUUUGGCAUCGUGCCCGGCUCGCUAUUGCUACAGAUUGGUCGAGGAUACACAGAUCUGUGUGCUGCGUUGUGUGCGGUGGGCCUGCAAGCAUCGGAGCUGCAAGUAUGGAAAGAGGUUGACGGUAUCUUCACGGCCGAUCCGCGCAAAGUGCCAACCGCCCGACUCCUGCCGCGCAUAACGCCGGAGGAAGCGGCCGAGCUGACCUACUACGGCUCCGAAGUCAUCCAUCCUUUCACAAUGGAGCAAGUCAUCAGAGCAGCGAUACCCAUCCGGAUCAAGAAUGUACAAAAUCCUGCAGGCGCAGGGACGGUCAUCUUCCCAGAUUCGCUGCAGAACGGCCGUGCAGCAAAGCCAGCAAUGACGCAUAUCAACGGCAGCGCACCUCGUCUACCUACCGCAGUGACCAUCAAAGACAACAUUGUCGUGCUGAACAUCCAUUCAAAUCGGCGAACGAUCAGUCACGGCUUCUUUGCGGGCAUGUUUGCCACCCUUGACCGAUACGGCAUCGUUGUCGACCUCAUCUCGACCUCAGAAGUGCACGUCUCGAUGGCGAUGAACGACACGAUCCGGAAAGGACUCUUGGACAGCCUGCUUGCCGAUCUGAAGAAGCUUGGCGAGAUUACAGUCAAGCACGACAUGGCUAUCCUCUCACUGGUCGGGAAGGAGAUGCAACACUCGGUCGGCAUUGCUGGCAAGAUGUUUACGACCCUUGCGGAUGGAUCUGUCAACAUCGAAAUGAUCUCUCAAGGCAGUUCAGAAAUCAACAUAUCCUGUGUGAUCGAGAACCGAGACGCUGCCAAAGCGCUGAAUCUGAUCCAUCUGAGACUGCUCUCGCUUGCAGUGCCACCAGGGGUCCCGCAGUCACCCAUCUCGUAUGUCUAG